UGCUGAGAUUUAAUGAUUCACAGGCAGAAGAACCAACCUUUUCAAACAGUCCGAGAAGCAAAAUUCAACAGAGGAAUCCGCACCAUGUCGGGAAGACCAAUUUGUAUUGCUGACUUUGAACUGUAUGCUAAGGAAGUUCUUCCAAAAUCAGUGUAUGAUUAUUACAGGUCUGGGGCAGACGAUCAGCAGACAUUAGCAGAAAAUGUAGAUGCAUUUUCCAGAUUAAAACUGUAUCCCCGGAUGCUGAGGGACGUGUCUGCUGUGGACCUGUCAACUUCCAUCUUAGGACAACGAGUCAGCAUGCCAAUAUGUGUUGGAGCAACUGCCAUGCAGCGCCUGGCUCAUGCAGAUGGUGAGACAGCUACUGCCAGAGCUUGCCGAUCAGCGGGGACAGGGAUGAUGGUGAGCACGUGGGCCACAUCCUCCAUUGAAGAAGUUGCCCAGGCAGCUCCAGAAGCCAUUCGCUGGAUGCAGCUUUACAUCUAUAAAGAUCGGGAGGUCACCAGAUCCCUUGUGCGGCGGGCAGAAAGAGCUGGGUACAAAGGCAUUUUUCUGACUGUGGACACACCGUUCCUUGGCAAACGUUUAGAUGAUGUACGCAACAAGUUUCAACUCCCUCCACAUCUGAGAAUGAAAAAUUUUGAAACAAACCACCUGGCAUUUUCAUCUGAGAAGGGCUAUGGAGAAAACAGUGGCCUGUCUGUCUAUGUUGCGGAGGCAAUUGAUCCGUCAAUUAAAUGGGAGGAUCUGAAGUGGCUGAGGGGUCUGACAACCUUGCCAAUUGUUGCUAAAGGAAUCCUCAGAGCUGAUGAUGCAAGGGAAGCAGUGAAGCAUGGUGUAAAUGGAAUCCUGGUGUCAAACCAUGGGGCACGCCAGUUGGAUGGGGUUCCAGCCACGAUUGAGGUGCUGCCUGAAAUAAUAGAAGCUGUGGAGGGGAAGGUUGAAGUGUUCCUUGAUGGUGGCAUAAGGAAAGGCUCAGACGUUCUCAAGGCCCUGGCCCUAGGAGCCAAAGCAGUGUUUGUGGGUAGGCCUGUGGUCUGGGGUCUUGUCUACAAGGGUGAAGAGGGUGUGAAGGAAGUCCUCCAGAUACUGAAAGAAGAGUUCCAGUUGGCAAUGGCACUUUCUGGCUGUCAAAGUGUGGAAGAGAUAGAUGGAACACUGGUUCGGCGAGACCAGCAGGCAACCUCCAAACUCUAGCUGCGUUCUCUGCCUUUUGGGAAGCUGUCAAGCUGAUUGCAAAUGGGUUGCACUACCUUAUCAAGAAAAGAGAAAUGCAAAAUAUGUUCUGCGUUAAAACAAUUUUAUUUGGUAACAUAUGGUAACAAAUUAUAUUUCUUGUAUCAUUAAUAACUUAUCUAUCCCAUAUAUUACUUUCUACCCACCCCUCCCCCCGUUACUUGACCCCCGCCGGUGUUAUUUACUUAAAGUACUAAUGUUUAAAGGUACCCUUAACUAAUAAAAACAAAAAUUAAUAUUC